AAAAAAAGUCUUUGGCAAGUCAAAUCAGAACUGUUCCAGAAGGCUGCAGAUUGCAGAGUGCAGUGGUAAUUGCUCUUUUUUCUUGGUAUGCUUAUGUAGUUGAAACACGUUCUACAUACCAGUACAUGUCGCAGUAUUGCCAUACUAUUGGUCUAGUGGCGGCCCCAGUUGUAGAAGAAAACCAUCAGGGGACAAUAGUACUUAGUCUUAUUCAAUGAUGAGCGAUGUCACAGUCAAGUGAUUGUCCCUCUGAACAUGCCAAACGACUGCUGGAUGCUCGAAUUCAAUUGAUUUCGAAGGAAUGGGCGGAUGAUAUCUGGGAUGGGGACUUCACGGAUCUUGUUUGCGAGUGGCCUGACGAACUUGCGGACAGCGAAGGUGACACAAAGUACUGGAGACUUGCUUUGGAACGAUUCCUUGUAGCAUCCCGUGAUUGGCCACCCGAAAAGCCAGGAUUUUGGCUUUGUUUGGUAGAAAAUGAUGUGUCGCCACGCGUUCUCAUUGCGUUUCUGUACUGCAUCAUGGAAAAGCAUAGCAAGGUCCAUGUAGGUGUCCUGGCUGCUCACAUCUACCUCAUUCUCAACCCAAUAGUUGGGAGCAGCGCCUACAAGGUUUUUCAUUCGCUACUGUUCGAGAAAGCAGUCAAUUUUGUGCGGUUGCUGUCAACAUUCACUGUGCCAAAUGGGAAAAAGAAGAAGAAGCUUGCAGCUAAGGCCAGCCGAGGUAAAGGUACUACUGAUGCUGGUGCUCGUUCAGGUGGAAGGAGGCGGGCUGUUCCUACUAGGGGCACUUCUGUCCGUAUUGGCAGUAUGGCUGAUGGUGGUGAUGAUGAUGUUGAGGAGGAGAGGGAGAAUGAUGCGGAUCAAGAUAGUUCUCUGCUGGAGGAAGGUGCAGAUGAUCCCUUGCUUGAGGAUGUGUGUCUUGACUUAAUGCAGGACAUUGCAACACUUUUUGAGCAAUUUUCAUUGAAGACUUCUGAGCAUUGCCUGCAGCAGAUUAUUGUGCUCUAUGUAGAGAUGUUACACACUCAAGUAGCGAUCAAUGGUGUAGCUUGGAAUAUGGAUAAGCAGGCUAUUUCCCAAUGUACUUCGUCUCCUGAACUUGCUGCUGUUACCAUACUCAAGUUGUGCCAGCCUUUUCACGGUGCACCGACAGCUAGUAUUCUUCUGACGUUCAAACAUCUUCGCCCGACAUUCCUUAUGUCCUGGUUGAGUGUUCAAGCUGGCUGUGUUCCACCUGCGUUAGUUGCAUCAUCAGUUCUCGCCUUACAGCUUGUUAGGCGCAUGGUGAAGAUCAAUCCAGAGAUUUGCAUUCAGUCUCUGCAGAUCCUUUUCCAGCAUCUGUGUGCCAGUGCUCCUAGUAGAUCAGAUCUUCGUUCUCGCCUUGCUCAGACUGUGGUGGAGAUGGCUUCCAUUGUUUCAACCGGUAGCCGUGUGUUCCUGACCAUUUGGCUGAUCAAGUAUUCCAAAAGCAACAAAACUGCUCAUCGUGUGUUCGCCUGUGAUGUGCUUGGCCACAUGCUUAUGCAACGCUUUCCACCUGUUGAAGAAUCUUUGAGUGUGGAAGAUCGUCAUGUACUGUCAGAUCUGUCAUUGCUACGUUGCAUAUUCUCACGAUGCUCUGACAAAUCUGCCAGUGUUCGAGCCCACGCUUUGGCUGUCUUGGCAGAGAUUGGUCCUAAGUUCAGGGAUUCUAUUUGCCUUCUCUUGCAAGAGACGACUGACAAUGGCCCUGGCCCCUGUCAUGCCAAUAUCUUCAUUCCGAUGGUAGUUCGUCGCAGUGGUGAUGAGAAAGCCAUUGUUCGCAAAUCAGCACUUCAGGCACUGGAGCUGCUUGUCAGCUUGUCAAGCGUUGCAACUGAGGUUCUCCAAGCUUUGCGUGAUCGUUGCCGUGAUCCAGCAUUAUCUGUACGGAAACAAGCUCUUUCAUCACUGUCUGGAUUGCUUCAACAACAAGGAGAGGACUCUCAAGUUCAAAAGUUGUGGUUAGAGGCAGUUCUACCUAUGGUACUGGAUCGUGAGACUUCUGUCAAGCAGCGUUGUUGUCAGUUACUGCAGACAUAUAUUCUCAAGUACAUAGAAACAGCUGUGCAAUCAGAAUCCAGUGAACACGACCGUGCGUGGAGCAUGUUAUCCCACAUUGCAGCCAAAGAAAGCACUGAACUGAGACGAUAUUUCCAACGGGUUGUGAAUGAAUGGGCCAUUGAACGUAUUCUGAAGCCACCAUUACUUAAAUCACUGGUGGACCACAUUACAACUGACAAAAGCAAAGCUUCAUGGAUGUUUCUUGCCGAAAUCUCACCGCAUACUCCACUGCCAAAUGUGCGCAUAGCCCUGGAUGCAUGGAAGAAAGCAGACAUAGCUGCAGCGUCUGAUGCAGAGGUGGCGUGCUUCAUCUUGGCUGUAUUGUCCGGCAAUUCUCAGCAGUUGUCAUCAUCGCAGCGGAGUUCUGUGGCAGCUGAUUUGUUAAUGCACUUGCUCAACUUCAAAUCUGAGCUCUCACUUGUUGCCAGUAUGAUACAGACAUUAUCCAAGCUGUCCAAGGACUCGACAGAUGAAGCAGAGGCUGUUCGCCAACCUUGGGCAGUUAAGAUUCUCCAGGCAUGUCAGAAGUGGUUGACAGAGCACUUAUUGAGUGACAGCACUAGUCAGAUGGAAGAGACUGAUCUAAUCUGCCGACUAUUUACUCUUGGAGAGGCUGCUCAACUAUGUCCUGCCUGUGUGUCAGAACAGCUAUUUCUAUUGGUGCAAUCUCUUCUGGCAUCACCCAAAGAAACGCAACUAAGCUCCAGUCACUCGACAUUGUCAUCAUCUCCUUUGGUUCGUGCCCAUGCCUUUGUCACCCUGGGCAAACUGUGCUUGCAGCAAGAAACUCUGGCUAAGAAAUGUGUCAUCGUCCUGGUGCGUGAGCUGGAAACCAGUGAUGAUGCCAUUGUUCGCAACAACGUUGUCAUUAUCUUGUGUGACUUGUGCGUAAGGUAUACACAGCUUGUGGAUAAUUACCUAUCGAGUAUUUCAGCUUGUCUUCGCGAUGACUCACCACUUGUCAGCCACCAAACACUGAUGUCGCUCACUCUUCUUCUCAAGGAGGACUAUAUCAAGUGGAAGGGAUCACUGUUCUUCCGAUAUCUGAUGUGCAUAGUUGCUGAGAAUCCUAAAUCCUGCGAGUUUGCUGAGUACUGUCUAGUGCAUCUGCUGCUGGCACGUCAUCAGAUUCUCUUUUCCACACAGUUCAUGGAGUGCCUCUUUCACUACAACACGUAUGAGCAACAUCCCGCAUACAAUAAGUUCGUGCAAACUGACAAAGAGAAGAGAGUGUUUUCACUGAAAGGAGACAAGCACCUCAUAAAGCGCCGCAAGAUCUACCAGUUUCUUUUGCAACACAUGACAGAUGAGCAGCGCUUUGGAAUUACAGCAAAGCUUUGUCAAGAGGUUUUGUCCAGUUUUGUGGAUGGAACAUUGUCAUUGAAGAAUGGUGGAUCAGAUGUCCUGGCUGAUGCUCUCUACAUUCUAUGCUGCCCGGAAAUUAAACUGUCCUCUCUUCGAGUGCGCACUGCUGACGAUUUGGAAGAUGAAAUGGAGCAGGCUAACGUGGCAGCUGCUAACGCUAAAUCCAAGCUGGUUACACAGCUGGUCCGAAAGAACGUUAUGGAGAAUAUCAUGCCAAUCAUCAUCGAUCUUAAGCACAUGCUGGAACACAAACGUUCGCCACUUCUCCGCGAGCUGAUGCACUUCCUACAGGAGUUGAUGAAGGACUAUCGCAAUGAUGUUCAAGAUAUACUAUCCGCAGAUCGCCAACUUGCCCGUGAAAUUGAGUAUGACUUGAAGAAGUUUGAAGAGGAGGAAGAGAGACGUGCUGCCUGUGAAGCUUCAGUGGUGGCUAAGCCAUGUAGUCUCACUCCUCACACACAGAUGAUGUCACCAUUGCUGGGUACACCUGUGGUCAGUUCACCUCAUGCUAUCAUGUCACCUGCUGCUGGCUUCUCAUUUCCACGUAUCCGUGGAGCUCGUCCAGCCCCCGCAACACCGGCCGACCUUCUGCGAGAAAACAUGCGGCAACGUGCGGCUGCUGCUGCUGAUUCUGUUACACGCACACCAGGUGCUGGAACAACAUCAUCGAGACCAGCUCGUUAUGACAUGCCUCCUCCAUCUCCAGGUGCAGCCACUGCUGUCCCACCCAGUGAUGCGUCUCCUACUCUCACCAUUUUACCUGCUGCUGCUGCUACCACUACACCAGCAGCUAAGAAAGCAACAUUAGCAGUUAGUAAAAGUUCUGCUUCUACCACUUCUGCCGUUAGUACUCCAAGACUAUCUGCAACUAGUGUACCCGCAAGUGUCACUACUACUGCUGCUGCUCAGCAUACACCAGUGCCAGCAGACAUGGUGCAAGCAGCAUCUGUUGCUCGCCACACGCUCGCCAGUGUUGGUCACCCUGCUUUGGCCCGAGCUGUCAGUACGCCACAAAAUCGUGAUAGUGGACAGGAUGCAAGUUUAUCAUUCCGGGGUUCCAUUAAUGGUCUAAUUCCGCCAUCUCCCAUUUUGCCCAUGGCACGGAUCCAGGUGUGCAGACGUACACAAGCGCAAGCGGGUAAUGGCCAUACAUCUGACGGUCGCCCACUCGUCUCAAUACCUGGUCCACAGGCAGGGUCAGUUGCUCCUUCUCAGUGGGAUAUCGCUUCCCCCAAGAUUCCUUCUGCUGUCACAUCUCAAACUGGAAAGGACCCAUCCACUGAAGCGGUCAAACGGACCCAGCGAGUGCGGCGCUCAAAAGGUUCUCAGUCCGUUUCACCUCCGCUGUCCAAACGCCCAGACCGUGCAGCAAAUUCUCGGGCAUCUCGGUCACGAACAGCUCAACAAUCACCUCAAACUGACCCCAGCCAUCCUUCGCCAAAGCGGUCCAGAGAGAGUGAACGUGAUGACUCAACAUCUCCUGCUUCCAUGACGAAACGACGCAAGCGCCGACAUAGCAGUUCACGCCAGUAAAUGUGUUCGGUUGAGUCAACAAAUCCACCUUGCUGCCAGCUGCAGACUGGACUACACUAUCCACAGUGUCCAAGACGUGGCCAGCAUCUACUUGCAAUAUCGCCUAUCGCCUUAUGUUCCAGCGUCACCUUCUGUGCACAUGUUUAUUUUGUCAUCAACUACGGUUGAUCUUCUGCUCCAUCAUCAACUAUGGUUGAUCUGUUCCAUCAUCAACUAUGAUUGAUCUGUUCCAUCAUCAACUAUGAUUGAUCUGUUCCACCAUCAUCAACUGUGACUCAUCUUGCCUAUCAUCUUUAUACUGUUUUUACUCACACCUUAUGUGCCAUUUUGCUGAUGCUGCUAGCACUAGUUAAGCAUGUGCUCUUGUGCCCUUUCACACUUUGGUUAGAUACUGUCUGCUGCGUAUGUGAGCACGUGCAUCACUGCAUACAUGAAGUUGCAUGUUCUUUUCAUAAGAUUGGAUAAUUCUAGCGCAGCUGUCCUUUGUUUGUGCAAGUGUACUUUCUACAUAUCAACACAUCACAUCGGCUAGCCAAUGUUCACGAGGAACACUAUUCAUUGCUACCGCUGUCUUUGAUCUCCAUGCUUAUUAUCAUAAUAUGAAGUUACUCAAUCUGCGCAUGAAAUUAGGAAGAAGUGUGUGUGUGUUGUACACGUGCGCUAUGCACAUUACAUCUCAAUUCCAGAUCGUCUGCUGCUCUCUUUUUUUGCUGAAUUUCUUUGGUCUGUUCCUGUUGUCGCUGGCUGUACUAUUUUACCGUCCCAAUACUUGCAGAGUGAUUGCAGCCCCCCCCCCCCCCCCCCCCCCCCCUUAGCUGAAUGCUGCAUGCUUGCCUAAUUUGCCUACACCGAACGACUUUGCCAUAUGCACAGCAGGUUGCAGAAUGUUGUUCAACUAACUAA